AUGGCCUCGUCCGGCUGGCGCCAUCUCGACGUGGGCGUCAUUGGGGGUGGCAUUGGCGGCAUGUCCGUGGCCAUUGCCCUCCGCCGCGCAGGCCACACGGUAACCAUCUACGAGCGCUCCGACUUUGCCGGCGAGGUGGGCGCCUCGGUCUCGUGCGCCGCCAACGGGACGCGCUGGCUGCACGAGUGGGCCGUCGACGUCGAAAAGGGCGACCCCGUCGUGCUCAAGUCGCUCAUCAACAGGGACUGGUACACGGGCGAGCCGGUGAGCGUCUACAGCCUCGACGACUAUGAGAAGAAGUGGGGAUACGUGUACAACAUGUUCCAUCGCCAGUACAUGCACGCCAUGCUCAAGGACACGGCGCUGCAGGCGGAGGGCAAGGGGGAGCCUGCGGUGCUCAAGGUGAACCAAAAGUGCGACAAGAUCGACCUCGACACCAACACCAUCACAUUCACAAACGGGUCCACCGUCCAGCACGACCUCAUCGUGGGCGCCGACGGCAUCGGGUCCGCCGUCCGUCGCGAGGUCGGCAUCCAUCCAGCCAAGCGCCCUUCAGACCAGUCCUGCCUGCACUGCAACGUCAUGACCGAGGACGCCGUGCGGCUGGGCCUCGUCGACUACUCGCAGAACGCGGCGCUCGAGUACUGGGGCGGCCAGGAGGGCAAGUGGGACAAGAUUGUGCUGUCGCCCUGCAAUGGCGGCAAGCUGCUCAGCUACUACUGCUUCUUCCCGCGCGAGCAGGGUGACUACACGACACAGCAAUGGGGCGCCGACUCGCUGCCCACCGAGGAUCUGCUGCGUCCAUACCCCAAGCUAGACGCGCAGGUGUUGAAGCAUCUCGCGAUCGGCAAGGAGAUUCAGCCCUGGCGGUUGUGGGUGCACGAACCGUACCCGUAUCUGCACAAGCAGAGGACGUGCCUCCUCGGCGACGCGGGCCAUCCCAUGAUGCCCCAUCAGAGCCAGGGUGCGUGUAUGGCGAUUGAGGACGCGGCGGCGCUGGGCAUUUUGUUUUCAGAGGGGUACUUUAACGGCAGCGUGGAGGACGCGCUUGCGGUGUAUACGCAGGUGCGUCUGCCGAGGGCGACCAAGGUGCAGAGCGCGGCGGCCAAGGCGGCGUAUAACAUCAACGAGCGCAUCGGCUUCUCGAACAACAAGGACAUUCCCACGUACAAGGUCGAGGACCAGAAGAAGGUGCUCACGAUUGAGGAAAUGAAUGCCUACGACAUGUACAGGGACAUUGAGGAGAAGAUUGCGGCGCAGAACGGGCAGAAGUACAGUGGCAAGUUUAUCUGCGGUCUGCCGAUAGGGCUUCAGCUGCCGAAUGGUGUGGUCAUUGGGUCGGAGCAGGAGGAGCAGCCGAGAUUGUAG